UCAUAGCCCCAACUUCCCCCCCACUCUCUCACCGCCCUCUCUCUCUCUCUAACUUUUUAGCAUUUUCUCACUCCUACCAACACUUCACUCACUCUCUCUCUCUCUCUCUCUCUCUCUCUAAGACUAAGACUGAAUUGGCAGGUCGGGCGGGAAGGAACGGAUUGGUGGGUCGGGCCGGCGAGUGAAUGGCCGACUCGGACAACGACUCGGCCGGGGGAGGCGGCGGAGGGGGGAACGGGGAGUCGUCGGCGGUGUCGCUGCUGGCGGCGAGGGAGCAGGACAGGUUCCUCCCGAUCGCGAACGUGAGCCGGAUAAUGAAGAAGGCGCUGCCGGCGAACGCGAAGAUCUCGAAGGAGGCCAAGGAGACGGUGCAGGAGUGCGUGUCGGAGUUCAUCAGCUUCAUCACCGGGGAGGCCUCCGACAAGUGCCAGAAGGAGAAGCGGAAGACCAUCAACGGCGACGAUCUCCUCUGGGCCAUGACCACCCUCGGCUUCGAGGAGUACGUCGAGCCCCUCAAGGUCUACCUCCAGAAGUUCCGCGAGCUCGAGGGUGAGAAGACCGCUGCCAGCGGCCUCGGCAAGCCCCAGGGGGACCGCGAAUCCGAUGGCUCCGUCAUCAAUACCGUCAGCUCCGGGGUCAGCUUCGGCACCCCUCCCGGGAUGUAUGGCGCGAUGCCGCCGGGUGGGAUGAUGAUGAUGGGACCCGGCGGCGGGCACCACCACCAUCACCACCACAUGUACGGAUCCGGUGGCGGAGGCUCGCCCGGUGGAAGGCCAAGGUAGGUUAUUAUUCUAUUCCUUCCUCCUUUCUUCUUCUUCUUGUUUUUUUUUUUAAAUUUUAUUUUUUUACUUCUUUUUUUUUAAGAAAAAAUAGGAAGGAAAAAAGGAAAAAAAAAUGAAAUUUGGUGCGGUGCUGCUGAUGAUGCUAAGAAAAUUUUUUAUUUUUGUUUUUUGGGGCUUGUUGUUAUAUGAAUAUUUGUUUGGGGGGGGGGGGGAUUAAUUAUAUUGUAAUUAAGUUAGUGUAUGUACUGCUAAUAUGACAAAUCCUCCUGACGUAUUUCCUUUCCACUGUAUAAUCCUCGAAUCAAUGAAUACUCGUUUUCCUUUUGUAUACCUCUAGAAGUUCUCAUUUUAUGAGCACUGCAAGCUUCAAAAGA